AUGGCUGAGGAGCAUCCCGACCUUGUUGUCCCCGACGCCGCGCCGGACCAUUCGGCUGUCGAGGCGGCAGAGGCCGAGCAGGUCCAUGACUCCGAGAUCCAGGACGUGGUGGAGACUGAGCAGCCUCAGGCUGCUGAGGAGCCUGUCGCUGACGUGACUAUCGCUUCCGCCCAUGAGGAGGAGGAGGGGCAGCAGCAGCAGCAGGAGCCUGAGCCCAUGGGUUACGACCCCUCAAUGGCCAUGGACGACGACGAGCCUAUGGCUUACGAUCCAUCAAUGCCCAUGAGUGAUGAUACGCCGGCAGCAGGAGGAUAUGACCCAUCCAGGCCCGCCGAUGAGGACGAGGUCGACAUUGAGCUGCCUCAGGCGAGCGAAGAGCCCCAAGACAUUCCUCAAGAGGAGACCGCCGCCGCAAGUGAUGAACCCCCAUCAGUCGAGGAACCCAUUGUUCCCCCUGCGACCGAGACGAUCGCAGAGCAAUCUCAAGAGUCCACCCCGGCUCCUGACCUCAACGGUCGUGCCAUCCCUCAGCAAAUGGAGCAGCCAGAGCAGCCCAUCGCUGGACCCAGUUACAUCCCUCCUCCUAUCAAUCCUGAUGCCGAGCUCAAGGUUGGCCUGCCUGAAGGGUUGACAGAGGAGUCGCCCAGUGUGGUGGCCAAGGCAGACCUCGUGCGCCAGUACCGUCAACAACCCUCCGACUCGGCUUUGCCUCUGGCCCUCUUCAACUGGGCGAUUCAGAAGACUGAGAUUGUGGAUGCCCGCGCAUGGUACGAGGUUCUUGCCGUGGAGAACCCCACAGCCUCGCAGCCCAUGCUGUCCCUCAUCAACCUCGAACUCGCAUUGUCAAACUUUACCCAGGUAGAGGGACUCUUUGCGCGCGCCUUGGGCAGCUCAUCGGCCUUGAUGGCGGCCGCUGACGUCAACUUGUGGAAGGCCUACUUGCAUUACAUUAGGCGACAGAACCCCAGCGAUGGUCCCGAUGGCGAAAAGGCCCAUACGACCGUCACCCAGGCGUACGAGUACGCGCUGAAGGAGUGUGGUAUCGACCGCGAGAGUGGCGAGAUCUGGCACGAGUACAUUCAGUACCUCGGCGAGACCAAGUCCAAGAACCCGUGGGAGACCCAGCAGCAGAGUGACAACCUCCGAAAGGUGUAUCAGCGCGCAGUGGCCAUCCCCUUGAACAACGUUGAAGCUCUGUGGAAGUCGUAUGAUGCGUUCGAAAGCGCACAGAACAAGCAGACUGCCAAAAAGUUCCUUGCUGAGCGUUCACCUGCGUACAUGACUGCGCGUACGGGCCUGCGCGAGAUGCGCUCUCUGACCGACAUUCUCCCGCACCCUCCCCUCCCUCCCAUGCCCGACUUUUCCGAGGACGACCGCCGUGUCUCGAACGGCUGGCGCAACUACAUCAAGUGGGAGGAGAGCAACCCUCUGGGCAUGGAUGACCCAAACCUUGUCGUCAUGCGCGUGAGCUAUGCCCUCAAGCAGUGCAUGGCACAGAUGCGCCACUUCCCCGAGCUGUGGCACUAUGCCGCCUCGUACCACCUCGCCGGCGGCCGUGCCGAAGAGGGCGCUGCGUUCCUUCGCUGUGGCGUUGCUGCUUGCCCCAAGAGCUUCCUGCUUACCUUUGCCCUCGCGGAGAUUGAGGAGGAGCAGAAGAACUUUGCCGACUGCCACUCCAUCUACACUUCCCUCAUCGACUCGCUCAACACCGAGACCGAGGACAUGCGGGUCCAGGUGGCUUCCGAGGUUGAGGUUGCCCGUGGACCGGAGAUUCCGGUCCAGGCCGACAAUGACAUGAACGGCGAGGAGAGCGACUAUGCCCGUCUCGUGCGCGAGCGCGAGGAACGUGGCAAGCUGGUCCAGGAGCGCCGUGGCAAGGACAUUGAGAACAGCAAGACUGCUGCGGGCAUCGUGUGGGUAUACUACAUGCGCUUUGCCCGUCGUGCCGAGGGUCUCAAGGCCGCCCGUCUGGUGUUUGGCAAGGCUCGCAAGUCGCCCAACGUCACCUGGCACAUCUUUGAGGCUUCAGCGCUCAUGGAGUACCACUCGAACAAGGAUUCGUCAGUGGCGGUCCGCAUCUUCGAGCUGGGUCUCAAGAUCUUCUCAGACGACGUCGACUUUGUCACCAGCUACCUCCAGUUCCUUCUCUCGAUCAACGACGACUCGAACGCUCGUGCCCUCUUUGAGCGCUCGGCCAUCAAGAUUCCUGCCGACAAGGCUCGUCCUCUGUGGGAGACCUGGGCUCGCUUCGAGUACAUUUACGGCGACCUGACUGCCGUCCACAAGCUCGAGGCGCGCUUUGCCGAGACCUUCCCCAACGACUCGGCGCUCAAGCGUUUUGCCGCCCGCUACACUUACCACGGCAUUGACGAGAUUGCCAUCCGUGACCUCGGCUUUGGUCGUGGCCGUACUGCUCCUAGGCAGCAGGCCGUGGCCGCUCCUGCUGGUGCCGCCGGCGCCGCCGUGCCCGCCAUGCCGCCCUUCCCUCCCAGCGCGGCGCGCACAUCCAGCCCGCACAAGCGUGACCGCUCGCCGCCCCGCUCGCCUGCUCGCGGCGACAUGAAGCGCGCUCGUCCCGCCAGCCCCAGGCCGUUUGCGCGCGAACUCCCAGCCCACCAGGCAGGCCGUUUCCAGGCGCCGAUCCGUGAACGGUCGCCCAUCCCCCCACCCCGUGCCGUCGUGCCCCCACGCGCCAUCGUGCCCCCCGCAGCGCCAGCGGCGGCCGUCCCCAACUACCAGCAGUACGACCGGAGCGGUCUGCCCAAGCCCCUGACGUGGUUUAUGGGCACGCUCCCACCGGCGCGCUCGUUUGACGGCCCCCUCUUCCGACCCGACGACAUUGUGGGCCUGUUCGCCAACAUUGGGCCUACGGGCACGGGGCUCGCACAGGCGGCCCAGGGCGGCGCCGUUGGUCGUGCCCCCAUCGCCGGCCGGCCGCCCGUUGCCGGCGGCUUCCGCGGCGGUCCCAUGGGCGGUCGCCGGUUCUAG